AUGGGCUCGUCUUCUUCAAAGAUCGCAUACUCAGUCAACAACACACAUGGGGCAUCAGUCGCUGGGUACGAAUUAUCGAGCGCUCUGACUGAUACCUUGAGCGAGAUCAACUUAAAUGGUAGCUUGAACGAGCAACUUCGGCAGCUGCUUGAACGUCUAGAUCAAGAAGCAGCCAAGUACACCAACUCUAAGGUCAACGAUGACGAAUCAAUAGAAUGGAACCCGUCUCAAGCUGAAGUCCAGCUCAUAUCCGCGGCCUGGAAGUGUGCUCGUGGGACUUAUGACCUGGAGGGCAUCAUGGCCGAUACCAGUUACUGCACGUUUCGCCGUGAUCAAGUAGUCGAUAGCUCCUUCGCCGGAACCGUCAAGCUCAUUACAUCAACUGUCGUCGAGGCAAAGGCAGGUUCAGGGACAAUUGAUUCAUUACCGGUUCUGGUGCUUGCGAUACGUGGGAGUGCCAGUAAGAUGGACCACAUUGUUAAUGCCAAUGCUCAGCCCAGGACGACCGAAAGUUUCAUUGGAUGCAUAGAGGGCCUCAGAGCCCAUUCUGGCUUCCUGAAUAGUGCACGAGCUCUGGACUCGAUUGUUACAAACAUAAUCAAUAAAUACCUGGAGGUUUUUUAUGAGACAAGUGGGGGAAAACCGCAUAUUCUUUUUACAGGACAUUCCGCCGGCGGAGCUGUAUCACAAUUGCUAUAUCUUCGCCAUAUAUCUGACCAAGAUUUAAGCCGGUCUGCAAACUUCUCGUGCAUAACGUUUGGUGCGCCCCCUUGUUUGACUCAGCCCGUUGACCACGGCAUAUUUCACCCAAGUAAUGGAACCGUAUGCGUCAACAUUAUCAAUGAGUUCGAUGUGGUAACUCGAGCCGACAAACCAUACAUCUUAUCUCUGGUAGAUGUCGCCAGAGCUAUGUUGGACUUGCCACCGAAAGCAAAUAUUUCUGAGCUUGAAACAAGCGAGGAGAUAGUCAGCGCUGCUUUGGAAGCUACUAGGGAUGAGAAACGCCGUCUUUCAGACGAGUCUGAAGACUUUCCUGUCAAGGAAUCAAAUUUCUGGCGCUUUCCGCAGCCUGUCUACAACCAUGUCGGACCCAGGGUUAUCUUGCUGACGCGCUUCGUUGACAACCAGAUAAGUCUCAAAGCAGUUGAAGUAAGUACUUCGGAGUUCCAAAAGUUGCUAUUCUGCCGAGUUGCUGUUCAUGGCAAGAGACUCUACGAAGAAAGGAUCGGUGCUCUAGAACAGGGACGUUUCAACAAUCGGUCAGCCUGGGAGCCAGACGGAGACUAUAAGGAUAAACUUCUUGACCAAGAAUAG